AGCGCCAAUGAAAAGCAUAUAAACGAGGUGAAAAGGAUGUUGAGGUCGAUGGAAGAUGGAGAGAUAAGCAUAUCUGCUUAUGACACAGCUUGGGUGGCACUGGUGAAAAAUGUGGAUGGUGAAAACAAGCCACAAUUCCCAUCUUCUCUUCAAUGGAUUGUUGAUAACCAACUUGCUGAUGGCUCAUGGGGAGAUGAGUUAUUUGUGGCACACGACAGGAUUCUCAACACCUUGGCUUGUGUGAUUGCAUUAAAGUCAUGGAAUGUGCACCCUGAUAUGUGUGAAAAAGGAAUGAAAUUUUUUGUGGAAAAUCUGAACAAAAUUCAAGAUGAGAAUGCUGAGCACAUGCCUAUUGGGUUUGAAGUUGCUUUUCCUUCUCUUCUGAAUAUAGCUAAAAGUUUGAACAUUGAAGUGUUGGAAGAUUCUCCUAUCUUGAAAGAGAUAUUUGCAAUGAGAGACGAGAAGCUCAAAAAAAUACCAAGAGAAGUGUUGCACAAGGUUCCUACGACAUUGCUUCAUAGUUUAGAAGGAAUGCAAGACUUAGAUUGGAGCCAACUUCUACAGCUUCAGUCUCAAGAUGGCUCAUUCUUGUUCUCUCCAUCCUCCACAGCUUUUGCUGUCAUGCAAACGGGCGACAAACAUGCUCUCAACUACCUGCACAAAAUUGUUGAGAAGUUCAAUGGAGGAGUUCCAAAUGUCUUCCCGGUGGACUUGUUUGAGCAUAUAUGGGCCGUGGAUCGGCUAGAACGCCUUGGAGUUUCAAGAUAUUUUAAACAAGAGAUAAAGGACUCUGUGAACUAUAUGUCAAGACACUGGACUGAAAAAGGAAUUUGUUGGGCACGAAAUUCGGAAGUUCAAGAUAUUGAUGACACUGCAAUGGGGUUUAGACUUCUAAGGUUGCAUGGACAUCAAGUUUCACCUGAUGUGUUCAAGCAUUUUGAAAAAAAUGGCGAAUUCUUCUGCUUUGCGGGACAGCUGAACCAAGCCGUGACAGGCAUGUUCAAUCUGUAUAGAGCAUCUCAAGUGAUGUUUAAAGAAGAGGAAAUUCUUAAGAAUGCCAGGAGCUUCUCUGGCAGAUAUUUAACCAAGAAACGUUAUGCUAAACAACUUUUCGAUAAAUGGAUCAUAACUAAAGAUUUACCUCGCGAGGUUGGUUAUGCUCUGGAUGUGCCGUGGUAUGCUAGCUUACCCCGAGUAGAGGCAAGACUUUACCUCGAGCAGUAUGGUGGUAAGAAUGAUGUUUGGAUUGGCAAGACCCUUUACAGGAUGCCGUAUGUGAACAAUGAUGUUUAUUUGGAGCUAGCGAAAUUGGAUUACAACAACUGUCAAGCAGUGCAUAAGAAAGAAUGGGAAGAAAUCCAUAGGUGGUACCUGGAAUCGGAAUUAGAAAGGUUUGGAGUGAGCAAAGAGAAACUCCAGACCGCUUAUUUUGUCGCAGCAGCCAACAUAUUUGAGCCUGAGAGGUCUUUAGAGAGACUUGCAUGGGCUAAAACAAUAGUUUUGAUCCGGAUAAUGAAGGCGAAUUGUAAAAUUGGAGAAUCUAGGGAUGCAUUUGACGAUCAGUUAAAUGAAUUAAACAACUUGAAUAAGUGGUUAAAGGACAGGAUAGAUGAAAAACUCCGGGGAGUUUGGAUGACAACCCUUGAUCUCAUUGGAUUUCAAAUGUUUAGGCGCCAUGACCAAGAAAAUUCACAUUAUUUGAAUCGAAUGUGGCAAAGUUGGUUCGCAAGCAGGCGUAGUAAAGGACUGAGAUCCCCAGGAGACGCAGAAUUAAUUGUGCAAACCAUAAUUUUAACCUCUGGCAAUUGGUCAGAAGAUCUAGAGCUUGAUCCUCGGUACCAGAAAUUGCUUGACGUCACUAAGAGAGUUUGCCUUAGCAUAUAUAAUUACGAAAGCAAUUGGGUACAGGUUGGCAGCGAUUGCGUCGAGGUAGAGGCAGGGAUGCAAGAACUAGUGCAAUUGGGACCAUUUCCUACCAUAUCUAUAGAGUUCUAUUUCAAAAAGUGUUGUGAAGUUGGAACCGAUUUCAUACGUGAUGUUGAUGAUUCUAAAGAAACAUGGCGCCUUGCUGUUCGUAUCAACGAUCUCUGGACUGUCGUAAAUAGUAAAGGUGUCGAGUAUCUUGAGAUGGUUUUGAUUGAUUCAAAGGGAGAUCGUAUUCAAGCCUUGGUCCGUGGUGACCAUACUUCGAAGUGGAAGCAACUGCUGAAAGAGGAUAUGACCUGCGUCAUUAAUAAUGGGAAUGUUUAUGAAAAUGAUUUCCAGUGGAAGCUGUGCGAUCAUCCCAAAAAAUUUGUUUUCUUAAGCGGUACAACUGUUAAACCAGUUGACCUUAACAAUAUACCAUCUGAGAAAUAUUUCUUUAAAGAUUUCGCCGACAUACUCGCGGGGGGAUGUAACAUGGACAGACUUCAAGAUAUCAUAGGUGUGGUUGAUGAGAUUGAAAACUGCCAAUCCAAGACAGGAGGAAAAAAGAUUGUCAUUUCUUUUAAACUCAAAGAUUUGAGUGGGAACAUUGUAACUUGCACGCUGUGGGACACUUACGGAACCAGGUUUUUAAAUUACUAUAAUGACGAUUCAAAAUGUGGAGCAAUAGUCAUUGUUCUAACUCAUGCAAUCAUUAAGGAUUCUCAGGUCUCUAAUGGCUGGAGUGGCUCAAAACUGUUUAUCAAUGACGAUAUUGUUGUUAUCAAUGAAUUCAUGUCAAAGUAUAUCACAAAUAUUGCUGUCUGA